AUGCUGGUCCCCCUCGUCCUCACGGUGCUCACGCAGCCCGCCCCGCUGGCAACGGAGGCGGUCUCCGUGCAGCCCACACCGCCGACAGAAAGGGCGGCGGGAGAAGCGGCACCGCCGACCGAGAAGGCGGCGGGAGAAGCGGCACCGCCGACCGAGAAGUGGAUAUCCUCAUCAUGCAGCUUGUCCGGCUGCGUGCACACGAACUACCUGACCGGCACCACCACGGCACACGACUUUAAAGGCGGUAAGGUCACUACGAAUCACUGGACAGGCGAGACCACCGCGAGCAACCACCAGGGCUCCAUCACCAGCAACAAGUACACGGGCGACUGGAAGGCGCACGGGUGCAACAGCUGGGGCUGCGGGACCUCCGGCGGCAACCACCGCACGGGCGACUACUGGUCCAAGGGCGUGAGCCUCAGCGCCUGGUGCGCGGCCCACCCUGGCUACGCGGGCUGCCCGACCGCAGUCUUUCCGCGCCCAGGCAUGCCGGGCGGCAACCCUACCAUUUGUCAGCUAAAAUGGGCGCAGUGCGGCGGCAACUCCUGGACUGGCGCCACCUGUUGUGAAGCUGGCUCCGUCUGUACUGCAUCAAGCGCCUGGUACAGCCAGUGCAAGCCAUCCCGCAACUACCUUCACAAGAUUGACGAGGCCGGCGAGCUGGUCGCAACCCACGCCGGCGUCUUCGCCGCAACCGGCGCCUUUGCCGCCGUCUUCUUGGCCGUCGGACUCUUGCGCCGCUCGCGCGCCAGCAGGCCAGAAGCGGCUACGGCCGAGGCGCCAGCCGUGCAGCUGGUGUGAAGUGAAGGC